AUGAGUGAAUAUCCAAUCUGUUUCAAUGGCACCACUAAUGUUUGGAACAGGCGGCUGGUUCUUUCCUUGGGGAUCCCUCAGCUGACUCUCACCAUCAUCUCGAUGGCCUUCAACUCCACAGUCAUCAUCGCUGUUGUGCUUUCCAAAGACCUCCACAAACCCAUCUUCAUUCUCUUCUGCAACCUGGCAAUCUCCGAUCUUCUUUCCAGCUCCUCCGGGUUCUGGAUCACCACUUGGUUUCUCACCGACCCAGAAAGUACCGUUGUCGGGUCCAAGGACAUCCUCCUGCCGUAUGCCUUCUACACCAUGUCGAUUCUGGCCACCAUCUAUAACUUAGUCGUCAUUGGGAUUGAGCGUUACUUGGCGGUGGCUGAAUGUCUCUGGGUGAGAUACAGUGUCACCAGAAAGCAGACCCUGGGCAUUGUGUUGGUCACUUGGCUGCUCGCGUUCUUCUUGGGCUUCAUGCCCCUGAUGGGGUGGAAUUGCCUGAAGAAGGCCAACGUCUCUGCUCUUUAUAGCCCUCUUUGCAUUGACUAUCUGAUCUUUAUCACUGUCCCCCACUGUGCAGUGGCUUUAAUCCUACCGCUCUUCACGUAUGUCAACAUCAUUGGGUUCUUGAGAAAGCAGACAAUGACCAUGGUGGCCCUGGGACAAGCUCAAGCCACCUACAAGUUGGCUGAAAUCCAGGUAGCCCGGACUAGCGUGUUCAUCUGGCUCCUAGCUUUGCUGUCUUAUGCACCCUUCUUUGUAGGCGUUCUGCUUGACUCUGCUCAUCAAGACUGCCCAGGCGAUCUCUCUCGUGGCAUCUACAUAUUCAGAAACCUUACAGCUAUGAUGAUAACUAUGAAUUCGCUGGGAAACCCCAUCAUAUACACUCUAAAAAUGAAAAAACUGAGGCACAGACUCAAGUUUUUGAAAAGCCCCUCCAGCCAUCGCAUCCACGUGCAGGUGGUUGGAAACACACAGCGUUGCUUGCGGUGA